AUGCCAGGCGCAGCGUGCCUCCUCCAGAAAGGGGCAUGCGUGCUACCACAGCAGAGUGGCACACAGCAGUCUACGACACGCACUCAGUGUGGGCUAAGAAUUGAUUGCGAUCACACAUUUUCAUUAAAUCUGACUGUGGAAAUUUCGGCCCAAACCUAUUUGAUUCAAGCAUAGAAACUAAAUCACACAUUGCACAUGAUCGCAGCAUGGCAACUGAUACAACUUCCAUGAGAUUAAUGUAUUGAAAUUCGGACAACAUGUAUUGCUUUCCAAGAUAGCGCUGACUGAAACCCCAAUUUCCAAUUGGGAAAUCAGUCGAUAUGUGGUGCGUCUCAGCGUGUGUAUCCGUUACCGUGCGUACAGCAGCGGUAUGUUGAUGCCUGCACUGCUGCCGUUGCACGUGUCUCAGAAGAAAUAGUCAAGGCGUGCGACGUGUAGAUUAAGUUAUAGAUGUCAUGACCAGCGGUCUGCUGCCUGCAUGCCGUUGCACGUGUCUCAGAACAAUUAGUAAAGGCCCCCGAGGUGUCGAUAAGUUGAAUAGGUCAUGAUGACCAGUGGUCUGCUGUCUGCAGCUGUCGACCGUGAAAAACAGCGCGACGGAUAGAACCGGACGGGGGUGGGCAGCCCAUGCCUGGGAUCCCUUAACAGACAAUGCACUGCCGCACCUCGUCACACUGGUUUUCGGGAAUUCGCAGUAUUGUUCCCGCCCUUCGUUCACGUACUCCCCCCCAAUCGGUGUCUGUCAUCGGG